AUGCAGGGGGGGAACAACGAUGAGAGCAGGGUGACGUUAUCAAGAUUACUGAACUUCAUCGACGGAAUAUGGUCAGAAGCAUGUGGAGGGGAGAAAAUCAUCGUGUUCAUAACGAACUAUGUCGACAAACUCGAUCUAGCAUUGAUUAGGAGAGGGAGUAUGGACAAGCAUAUAGAGAUGUCUUACUGUUCCUUCGAGGCGUUCAAGCUGCUGGCAAAGAACUACUUGGAUGUAGAGGCACAUGAGUUGUUUGCGGAGAUUGAGGUGCUUCUGCGGGAGAUGCAGAUGACUCCUGAUGUUGCAGAAAAUUUGAUGCCAAAAUCGGAUGAGGAAGAUGCAGCAGAGGUGUGUUUAUGA